AUGGAUCACGACAAAUUGAAGAAUGAUUACUUCUUUGCCCAAAAGCAUGGCGGUUGGCGUAAGGGUAUGUACGGUCGCUGGAAAGAAAUACUGGAAAACGGAUACGACGCAAACGAAGAAUGGAACAACAAUUCCAAACGUGCAUCGCCCUUAUUUAGUGUCGUCUUGGACAAUGAAUUGGAGCUGGCUGAAUUGCUACUUGCCCACGGCGCUUCUACCGAGAAACCUCAUUCUGCAGGACGUACACCACUUCAAGAAGCUGUGGUCCUUUCGUCUGCCGCCAUGGUUCAGCUUUUGCUAGACCGCGGGGCAAAAGUUGACGCUCCUAUCCGUUCCGGCCUCCUGGUGGGCGGUACUGCUCUGCAUCUAGCAGUCAUGGAAGGGAGGAUGGAGAUUGUGAGAACACUAUUGGCUCACAAAGCCGAUCCUCGAGCGCAGACAGAGGCAGGCUGGACACCCGUCGACAUUGCCAUGCUAGAUCAUCAGGUGGUAAUGCUUGAAGCCUUGUCCAAAGAUAAUGAUCUAUUAAGCAUUCUUGAUCGGGAUCAACCGGGAAAGGAAAAUGGUGGAUUCAGCAAUCGAGCUACCAUCGCUUUUCAUCUCCUCGAGAACAGUGUGCGACACACUGACCGCAGUCACGCAUCAUUCUACCAAGGCUGUCUCUCAGCAAUAUUGAGCGAAUUGCGUCAUUAUCAGAAAGAGAUCUCAAAUCUGGCUAUGAUAUUGUGUCGCGAGAUGAAUGCCGCAUUAAAGGCAGAGGCAGGCGUGAAUGGGGACAUUGUUUGGCCCAGAAAACUGUGCGAUGCGUGUGGAAGAUUCGACGUCCAAGACUAUCACGACGCGUUGAAGAUCUUUGAGCACAGCCCAAAUUUCUCAGCAUUGAUGCAGUCAUCGAACAAUGGAUGCAAUUUGUGCCAACUCUUGGUCGGUGCGCUGGGAGAAAAAUGGUGCCUUUUGCACCAGAUUGACAAGAAAUGGUUGAAGGAGUUUGGGAAAGACCCGAGAGUGCGCGUCAGGCUUGAUCCACGUAGGAAUGUCAAGACGAAGGACGGAGAAUACCAACUAAUUGUGGUAUGUGACGAAAAAAUUGCAUUCCUAGAUCUCAACCACGUUCAAAAACAACUGAACCACGCCGUGGCGGAAAGUCAACCAUAUGACACCCAAGGAAGUGGCUCGGACAGAAGCCUUGCCAUGGCGCAAGCUUGGAUGCAGAGAUGCGAAGACGAACAUUCAUCCUGCCGCCGAGCCGAGCAUGGAAUGCUUCCUACGCGGGUCAUCGAUGUGGGCAGCAAUGAUACCCCGCCUCGCAUAUAUGUUUCAAACAGAGAGCGCGUUCCUUAUGCGGUCUUGUCCUACUGUUGGGGUGCCAAUCAAAACAUCCUUCUGCUGACGACAAAUGUAAAUGCUUACACUGAGUGUAUUCCGGUUGAGUCGUUGCCGCGCACUAUAGCCGAUGCGGUUAUUAUCACCCGGAAGAUGAAACUGAGAUACUUGUGGGUGGAUGCGCUUUGCAUACUUCAGAACUCCGAAGAAGACCUGGCCCACGAGUUGUCUUACAUGGGAGACAUAUACGCCAAUGCAUUAUUCACAAUUGCCGCCAAAGAUUCAAAUGCUUCGACCGACGGAUGUUUUCGAGAGAGGAACUGGCCAGCCAGCGCGCUGGUCCCAUUAAAUAUCCGUCUACCAACGAAGACAACACAACGAGAAUCCGACAUCCUUGGACAAAUCGUCAAUACUCGCACCUCCUGUCUCAACAGAUUGAUGAUUGUAUCAAGGUGGAGAGGGUCCGGUGAUCGAAACGUCCCAGUGCUGGAGACGCGCGGUUGGACGCUGCAAGAGGAACUACUCUCCCGUCGUGUACUGAAUUUUGAAAAAGGCGGCCUCAGCUGGACUUGCUUGGAAGGAAUGUGCUCAGAGGGAAGCCCGGAGCAGGCCGACGUUCGCAGCUGGCACAAGUGGCAGUAUGCCAUCAAGCGCGUGAUAGUCACAGGCUUUGAAGGCUAUGGAAGCCUGAAUCGCGUCGAAGAGACAGAGCUCUUCAAUUACUGGCUCGAGGUCGUAGAGAACUACCUGAGCCGAAAGUUGACGAAGCCAGGUGACAAGAUCGCCGCCAUAGCUGGUGUACAAGCUGCCAUCGGAAGACACCUGAAGGACAUGCCUAUUGCCGGGAUGUGGAGAGACCAAUUCUUUGCACCAAGCCUGCUGUGGAGAGUAACGAAUAAACACAAAUACGAGUAUCUUUAUUCUUUUCCUUGCCCCUCCUGGAGCUGGGCCUCUGCAUCACGCUCAGUGAUAUAUACGCCAAUUCCAUUGCACCCUAGAGACCCCAACAAACCAUGGGUGUGGUGGAAUGAGUGGACGCAUUCCCCAUCUGUUGUGGACUGGAAUAUCACCGAAAACGGUCUCAGCAGUAUUGAUGGGCACGUGGCUGUACGUUGCAGGUUGAUACGAGAGGACGACAUGGAAUGUGAGAAACACUUUGUCGAUGACUUUUACAACAAUCCGCCACGGAGCCAGGUCAAAGCGGAGGCAAUUCACUUUGAGACCCACCACGACUUUGUCGGCGCUGCGGCCAUAAAUGAUACCUACCUCAUGCUCGUCCAUACAGCUCAACUUUGUGAAGGCGAGACUGCGUUUGGCUCCCGCAAACACGACAUCAAAACGCAUCUUUUAAGGCUGCAGAAGAUCUCGGAAGAUGAAAUGGAUUUCAAGCGGAUAGGCAUGGUCAUUACUCGGUCAUGGGCUAACAAGUGGCUGGAAAAGGCCGACGAGGAAACCAUUCGGCUAUUCUAG